AUGACGCGCUUCCUGACGCCCUCGAAGAUAGGGCUUCUGAUUUUGAUCGAAAUCUACACUGAAGCUGCCGUCCCAACCGCUUCUACGAUUCCCUUCUUGUCAUUCAUUCUAAAUCAGCUCGUCCCAUCCACCCUCAAACGAGAAUCAACUACCUCUCCCUUACUGUCACGCUCCAGCUCCAGCUCCAGCUCCCCGCAAUCCCUUCCCUUCCUCCUCGAGCUCAAUGACUUCGAAACCCUUCUCUCGACCCAUCCAGCAGCCUCUGGCUUCCCAGGGCGCACAUUAUGGGACCAAUUCCUCCAGAAACUCUGGGGGAUCGACAGUCUGUACGCUUUACACCAGUUCUUCGCAACCCGGUCUCAUCUCGUGGCCAAGACCCCGGAGGAAAUCAAGAGAGACAUUGAAUAUGGCAUCCCUGAACCAAGCCCAGAGAUGAUCAUUCUCUCACGAAACUCACCUUUGGGGGGCUUUGUGCGCAGAUCUAGAGUCGAGUUCGAGCGUCUGCGGUUCAGCCAUGGGCAGGCGCUCUGGAUGGCAUUGGUGAGAUGGCGACGAGAAUCGUUGGACUAUUAUGCGAGGAGAAACGGAGUGCGCGGUCGCUGGGUGGGAGACAAGGCGUUGGAGGAAGGUGAAGACGAAUGGGGACUGAACGCAACUGAGAUGCUGGAACUCAUUGCAUAUGGUAUACCGGACGUCGAUGGCACCAACCCGCGUGGGGUGAGCACCGAUGACGUGGAGAAGCUGUUGGAAUUUCAGGUUGAGCAGAUGCAGAAAUUUGGCACCCGAAUGCCUCUCGACCUCCAAGAGAACUUCAGGAAGGCACUAGACGAGAGCAUCAUGGUUCCUAGUCUUUCCCAUUACCUCAAGUUCCUUGAUGCGUGGAGAGCAGGCGACUUCACGACCUCGUUUGACAAUCUUCAUCGCUACUUCGAUUUUACCAUGCAAAACCGUGACCGGCUCUUCUAUCAAUAUGCGCUCAUGAAUUUAGCAGUUCUACAGGCGGAUUUUGGAUGCUUCGACGAAGCUAUCGCAGUCAUGCUUGAGACAGUGUCCACGGCGCGGGAGAACAAGGAUAUGGCCUGUUUGAACUUUGCACUGAAUUGGCUCUACCAUUUCGGUAAAACCCAUCCAAAGCUCCUCGCGGGAUUCGAGGCCACGAAUUUGCUUGGGACAGAGAGAGAGGGACUAGCAUUUCUUCGAGUCAAGGCCAAAGAGACGGGAAUGUGGACAUUGUGGAGCUCCUCACUGUUGAGCGAGGCUAAGCUUGGCAUGUCAACUGGGGAGAGCGUUUCAACCGCCUUCGAAAACAUCUUGAGAAGUUCCCAGCUUAUCGUGGACAAAAAUCUGAAGGAUAUGAUGGGGCAGCAAACGGCCAUGUUAUCUGCGUUGUGGGCUCGGUUGGGGGUAGGGGUUUUAUCGAGGCAGUACUGCGACAUCUUUUUGAGCUGCCAUGCACGUUACGCACUCUUUGACGACCAAUUGAGGUCCACCUGUCGGGUUGCAUAUCUUUUAACCGAGAAGGGUUGUUAUGAUGAAGCUAUGAAGAAGCUGGAAGGCCUGGAUGAGAAUUCUCUUCGGUCAUGGAAGGAUAAUCAAUAUUGGCUGGAGUUCCGGGGGAUUAUCCGUCUAAAGCGUGAUCUUCACAGAGAUAAUCUCGAUGGCGCGGAUCAGUUACUUUCGCAACUUCUACAAUUUACUGGAGGUCAGACGGAUCCAGACCUCUCCUUCGAGAUCGAUCUUCUCCACAUUGACUAUCUCACACGGCGAACCGAUUAUCCCCGGGCGCUAGCGAAGAUCGAAGAGUUGGCUUCGUCCUUGGACGAAGAUGGAGGGGACAUCAACUUGAGAGUCAAACUGCUUACAAUGAAAGCAAUACUCCAAGCUAAAUCUGGUCGUCCACAAAAAGGAUUCUCGGUGGCUGUCCGGGCCGCCAGCAUCGCCUGGCGCGCUCGCCUCAUCCCAGCCCUCUGGUCAGCAAUGGGCGCCAUAUCCAACAUUCUAAACUCCCUCUCCGAGUUCCAUGCAGCCGCUGCAAUUCUAGCCUCCAUCCUCCCUCGGGCACUAGAGUCCGAGAACUGCUCCCUUAACGCACAACUUUAUUCUUUCCUCGUCGAUGCGCACAUGGGACUCGCGGGACGCGCCGAAGCUGGAGGCCUGCAGCGGAAGGAGAAUCUCACACGCUGUUUAGAGUACCUUGAUGCUGCGUUCAAUGAAUAUUCGGCGCUGGAAGACAUUAAGGGGCAGUGUGAGAUGAUGGCUAAGAAGGCCACCAUCAUGAGGAUUGUCGGGGAGAAUGUUUUGGCGAAUGAUUAUGCGAGUGCUUAUUUAGCGCUGAAGAGUGAGGCGGCGUUGGCAAAGGCGUAG